AUGUACCUCGUGGCGAUAUGGAUGUGGUUAGGCCCUUUGAGUCGACAAGUCACUUGUCCACAGGCCCCUUGUCCGCAAACUCCAAAAUGCUGUCAUGGAGAGCCGGCGAUAAAAAAUCUGGAAACGAACACAACAAAAUGCUUUCAAUUGCCAGCCGAUCCACUCCUCAGCCCUGUUCCCGCUUGUUUGACCACAGAUUGUGGCAAGUGUACCAUGACUUCUCCAGUACUCGAAAUCGACACCACCACCAAUGAAAUGACUGUACCAUUUUCUCAAGAUUCUCUCAAUCAAAACGCGCAAGGCUGUGUGGUCCGUGUGAUGUGGUGUGUGUCGGAGGUGCCGGGGAUUGGCUCAACGGUUAAAUUCGACUACGAUUCUUACAAAUCGAUGAGCAGUGGUCGUGGCGAUGUGAGAGUCGUAUUGACAUGUAAUGGGACGGGAGAUGGAUGGGAGUUCACACCGACUCGGCGCGAAACGAACUGGGUCGGCAACACGUCGAUCGUCCAUGUGGCGGAGUGUUUUGGGCCAACCUGUGAGAAUACGGAAAUUUGU